GGCUGAGUUACAUUUUUGGAGUCACGUGAUCUGCUCCUGUGACGUGGGUACUACGUGAUAGCGAAUCGGCGAAUAAUCAUCCACAUCGGACCACAAGCGCGCCACAAAAAAUUACAAACGUGGUGACAAACAUAGUGUUCCGAUAGAUGUCGCCUUUUGAACAGGGCAUUCGACUAUGGAAGAAAACGAGCGGACUGAUAACAGUGGAAAUCCUCAACAAUCAAUCGUGCACGUCACCCUCAAUCAUCCCAUACAAGUCGUAACAGCCGGUGGCCUAUCCGAGAGCGAGGAACUAGAAGAGGAGCGCCGACGGCGAGAAGUUUUGGCCCGACGUCCAUCUUAUAGGAAGAUACUGCACGAGAUAGCCGGCGACGAUCAACUCAAAGGAGAUCAUCACGACGAAGAUUCAAAUAGUGGUCUUAGCGAUACUGGAAGUGAAACAAACCUUCAGCAGCCUGUCAUUCCAGCUCACAUUCAGCUGGUAUCAGAUACCAGUGGUGUACAAACAAUUACUAUGACAAAUUCAACAUCACCAACACCAAAUGGUUCUACUAUUGUUCAGUACGCCCAAAGUCCUGAAGGGCAACAAUAUUUCAUUCCUGUUUCUGUUGCUGGAACUCCAGGUCAAACGUAUCAGUUAACCACGGCAAACUCCCUCCAAUCUUCACCGAACGUAACAGAAGAGGCUAGUCGCAAGAGAGAACUUAGACUUUUAAAGAAUAGAGAAGCUGCUCGAGAAUGUAGGCGAAAGAAGAAAGAAUAUGUCAAAUGUCUCGAGAAUAGGGUAGCAGUCCUCGAGAAUCAAAAUAAAGCGUUGAUAGAGGAGCUAAAGAAUUUAAAAGAACUGUAUUGCUCCAAAGAUGAUGUAGCUUAACAUGCGAGUUUAAUGACAAUUUUCCUCUCUUUGUUUUCAAGCUGGUGCUUAAAAAAAUGUAUAUAUAUAUAUAUAUAUUUGUAUAUAUAUAUAUAUGUAUACAGUAUAUAUAUAUAUUAAUCUCUCUAAUAUGUAAAUCUAAUCUUUGUAAAUAUUGUGCGCAAAUUGUAGAGCAAUCUGUACAGUUUGUUGUUUCAAUUGUUUUGUCUGUGAUGUUUGAGAAUGGUUCAAUAAGUAUAUCUAAUUUAUUAAACAGCUCUUUCGAGCAGAUUUUUGUCAAAAUUCAACUUAGUAGGUUCAACAGCUUUACGAUAGAAAAACAGUACCGUUCUCUGAACGGGAUAGGUACGCCAAAAUAUGAAAAGUGAUAUUAUAGCUAGGACAAUAUAAUACUCUCUCAAAGGCAAUCGACAGCUUCCUUUAUCCUUUACCAAAUCGUAGAUGUAAUUAUAAGUUUCGUCCUCAGAUUUCUGCACUACAGCCGGAAGAGGCUUAUUUAAUAUUUCUUUUAGACUGGCUUCAUCCUCAUCAUUAUAGCGUUGCCGUUUCUGUUCUGGCGAUUUUUUCUUGAAGGCUUGCGGUUUAGCGGCAGGUUGAAUUUUUUGUAUGAAGCUUUCAUCUUCACGGCCUAUUCUUUUGGCGUGUAGCUGAGCUUUGGGAACUGGAGCUGGAGCCCAAGAAUCUUUUCUUAAACUUUCAAUCGAACAUGCAAGACUAAUGAUAUAUAUUGAUAUUAGAAGCAAACUCAUUUCUGUCUUGUUAACUCUAGUUGAAGUAAAGAGUAAUUAGAGUAUAAUAAAGCUUCAAAUCUCUCCCAGAGUAACGUGAAUAAAUUAAUUUAAUAUUAUUUUUUUGUAUUGUAGGCCUAAAGCUGUAUUACAACAUCAACCCCUUGUUACAUAUUCCAUCUCUCUCCCUUUUUCAAAG